CUCUCUCUGCCUUCUCUUCAUCCUUCAUUCUGUAAGGAAACCUCGGAGCGCCUCUAAUUGCUCGGAGUGCCUGACUUUUCGAAUUGUCCUCCCGUCUUUAUCUCCACGAUGGAUCAUAAGUAGAGCAGGAGGGUUGAAUGAGAAUGCAGGACGAGGCCAGCGGGAACUCGGUGGGAGGGAUCAGUGAGCACGGCGUGCAGCAGCCUCAAGAUGAGAGGAGAGCGGUGCAGAGGAGAGCCUUCACCAGGUGGAUGAAUGUCUUUCUGCAGAGGCGCGAUCCUCCAGUCAAGGUGCGCGACCUGUUUACGGACAUUCAGGAUGGACGAGUACUGAUGGCUCUGCUGGAGGAGCUUUCCGGGUGCAAGCUACUCUACAGGUUCAGGCCGUCUUCUCAUCGCAUCUUCAGACUGAACAACAUCUCCAAGGCCCUGGCGUUCCUGGACGAUCGACACGUGAAGCUGCCUGGAAUCGAUGCCUCAAGUAUCGCUGACGGGAUCCCCUCUGCUGUUCUGAACCUGGUCUGGAAUAUGAUCCUGUAUUUCCAGGUAAAGAAAGUGUUGCGAGGCCUCCAGAGGCAAUUUUCUACCAGCCUCUCUUCCUUAUCCACGAGCAGCUUCCCCUUCUCCUGCGACCUCUCGCCCCAGCCAAAUGACAUGGGCAGCUACUCCUGCAACACACUGCCAAGCAAAGGCCGAAAGGCUGCCCGAGAGCCAAAGUACCACGGGAAGGCAAUCAAGGCUCUGCUGCAAUGGGUCCAACGCUGCACUUCAAAGUUUGGCGUGGAGGUGUGUGACUUUGGGAGGAGCUGGAGGAGUGGGCUCGCAUUCUUAGCCCUGAUUAAGUCCAUCGACCCGGACUUAGUGGACCUGAGGGAGAACUUGACCAGACAACCAAGAGAGAACAUGCAGCUGGCCUUCACGAUAGCUCAUCACAGUCUGGAUAUACCACGUCUUCUGGAGCCUGAAGACAUGUCCGGCCCUUCCCCAGACGAGCAGUCCGUCAUCACCUAUGUGUCCAUGUUUCUGGAACAUUGUUCAGGAACAGAUGAGGAUCACACAACACAUUUUGGAUCCCUUGAGUCCGUCAGCUCUGGAGAGAUCCUCGCCGAUGACCCCGCAGCCCACGCCUCGGCCCACGGCUUGGAGGGGAGCAGCGAGCAGCUCCUGUGGAGGCGGUGGGCCCGCAGAUCCUCAGGGAGCCCCCGAAGCACCUCGCUCCCCACCAGCGGGGCCACGGCACCCAUCAACGCAAAGAAAAGCCGGAGUCCAAGCGUCCUGCAGCCGCCCAGUCCGCUGGACGCGGGCGGAGUCAGCCAGGAGAUCCGAUCGUGGAUGGACGACGCGUCCGCUCAGCGGGGCGCCGGCGAGACCACGACGGGGGAAAGUCACCCGUCGUUGAGCUCAGAGGAAGGAAUCUACAGCCUGCCAGCGCUGGACUCGGAUGAGGAGGACGCCUACAGCUACAUCCUGGGUCUGCACGAAGAGGCCUGUCAACCACGUGAUCCGCUGAACAGGCGAGUGGCGAGGGUCGAAGAGGAAACCGAGGGAGGCGUGUCCUCGAGGGGCGAGCAGACGGAAGAGACACAACAUCUGGAAGUGUUUGAGAAGACGUUCAGCGGGAGUGGACAUCACGAGGACUCACAUGUUGAACCAGAGGUCCGGGCUCCGCCAGGGGCCCAUCGGACGGUUGGAGGGGAGAGGUCAUCCAGAGAGAUGGCCCACAAUGCAUCUGUGUUUGAGUCAGAGGAAGUUGUCCCAGGACAGAGUCAUGAUGGAGGGGAUCCCUGUGGCAAACAGAUGAUACAGGAAGUGACAGAAUAUGAUCGAUCGGUGAAGCGCGGCCGUGAUGAACGAGAGGCGCUGACGGGUGAAAGAAAGGACUCAACGAUUUGUGAUGGGGAGAGUCGGAAGAUAGAAGUUGAGAGAGAGACUGAAAAACGUGGCCACGGGAUCGAAGACGAGGAAAAAGAGGAGGAAAAUGUGCCGAAGAUUGAGGAAGAGCGUGAGAGAAAGUCGAUGGAAGAACAAGAGGAAGAGGAUCGGGAUGAAGAGGGGGACAUGGACAUGGAAGGAUUUACUCGUGGAGAUGACACGGAUGAUGUCAUGGAUCCUGACGGCAGAGCAGCGCAGCAGGAAGACCGUAACCGUGGGAGACGAGAACUCACCGACGGUCCAACUGCCCCCAGACACGCCCCCGAUGGAGGGGUCCAUGUCCGGGGGGUGGAGCGGGGGGGCGCUCCGGCCCGGCCCGCAGCUUCCCAGUCGUUCAGAGACCUGACCCCGUCAGAGCUGCAGAUGCUCCUGUUCCUGUGGAUCCUGAUCUACUGCUGCCUCAUCCUCUGAACACCCCCCCCCCCCCUUAUUAAGAUAUUCUUAUUAAGAUAUGCUUAUUAAGAUAUGCUUAUUAAGAUAUGCUUAUUAGCCCCUGUUCCACUAAGGAGCCCAACAAGGACACUGAGGGUUGACUUUAUAUCUGAGUCACACCUGAGAUGAUGAGUCACGUGGUGACAGCCCAUAAUGCUGUUCUCAUAUGACACAUGUUGCAGCUGCUCGGCCUCACCACGCACACACACACACACACUCCAGAAUGUUCUGUUGAUUUGAUUCUUGUUGUCAGGCAGCGAUCUUCCUUUCAAUGUCUUCUCCCACCACACGGUGGCGCCACUGAGCUGCAGUGUGACGCCAUGACACUAAGUCUUAUUUAAUGAGCCCUUUGACUUCACAGCAGGAGUUCCCUUCGUGACAUGUGUGUGUGUGUGUGUGUGUGUGUGUGUGUGUGUGUGUGUGUGUGUGUGUGAGACGUGAAUA